UUAGUCCCUUUCAUACUCCUACCCCACCCACAGAGAGUCUACAGAACCUAAUAAUCCAGAAGCAUUGGAUUUUUCUCUCCACACCCUGAUUUAACUACCAGCACAACUCCAGAUCCCGGAAAACUCAGUAUGGAGCUGAUCCAAGAUGCCACCCGGCCACCUCUGGUGUCUGUGAAGGGUUAUCCACUCAUCAAAUACUUUGCUGAAGCUCUUGAAUCGCUGAAGAAUUUUCAGGCCUGGCCGGAUGAUGUCCUCAUCAGUACCUACCCCAAGUCUGGAACAACCUGGGUGAGUGAGAUCUUAGAUAUGAUCUAUCAGAAGGGUGACGAGAAGAAAUGCCAAAGAGCCCCAAUCUUCAUUCGAGUGCCAUUUCUCGAAUUCAAGUGUCCAGGGGUGCCCUCAGGCAUGGAGUCUCUAAAGGAAACACCUGCACCACGUCUACUUAAGACACAUCUGCCUCUGGAACUGCUCCCCCAGACUUUGCUGGAUCAGAAAGUCAAGAUCAUCUAUGUGGCAAGAAAUGCCAAGGAUGUGGCAGCCUCCUAUUUCAAUUUCUAUAAGAUGGCAAAGGUGCACCCUGACCCCGGGACCUGGGAGGAAUUCCUGGAGAAAUUUAUGGCUGGGCAAGUAUCAUAUGGCUCCUGGUAUCAGCACGUAUCAGAAUGGUGGGAGUUGACCAAGCGGCACCCAGUUCUCUACCUCUUCUUUGAAGACAUGAAAAAGGAUCCCAAGAGGGAAAUUCAGAAGAUCACAGAGUUUCUGGGAAAACCACUACCAGAGGAUAUCCUAGAUCGAAUUAUCCAACAGACAUCUUUUAAGAAGAUGCGAGAGAACCCCAUGACCAACUAUACCACUAUCCCCGCUGAUAUCAUGGACCAAUCCAUCUCCCCUUUCAUGAGGAAAGGUGCUACUGGAGACUGGAAGAACAUUUUCACUGUAGCCCAAAAUGAGAGAUUUGAUGCCGACUAUGAAAAGAAGAUGGCUGGUUCAGACCUUCGCUUUCACACUGAGCUCUGAAGGGCAACAAGGAGAAGGGUCAUCAACUCAUACUUCCGCACUGGUCCCCAAUUUUUCCAGCCUUCUAAAUCUUUUUUUCAGCAUGCAAAACUAGCUUCCCUAUAUUCUAGUAGGAAAAAAAAAUCUGACCCACUCAGUAUUAUUCUGCCUAGAUAUUUUAGACUGAGACUAAAAAAAUAAAAUGAUUUACCCUAGAUCAUGGGGCACUCAAUA